UAGUUUCAUACAAAAAAAACUAUUUCACUGUUCUGUAUUUUCUUGGUAAAUUUAAGAAACUGCUAUUCUUCGUUGCCAUGAUAACAAAGAAAUGAAAUAUAGCUCAAAUUAAUUCAAUCGGUCAUUUGUAAUCGAUACUGUAUCAAACGCCACCAUGAAUGACAACGGAAUUCGUCCAUCUUCCAAAAAAGUUGGUAUAACGAAACGGAAAGAGAUUGCUUUGAUUCAAAAGUUGUUGCCAAAAACGCAUUUCAAUGAAAAGCAACUGAAGUAUCUUUUCAAAUUUUACUCAUGCCUCGUUGGGGAGAAAAAGUCUUUGGAAAAAAUUGACUUCCUGGAAAUGCUGCACGAGACGUUCGGCUAUGUGCAACACUUUUUCAUGAAUAGAGUGUUUCUCUUUGCUGAUACCAAUAAGGACGGACGAAUUGAUAUCGAAGAAUUUGUCCAUUUCCUGUCCAUCGUUCUGUGUGGCACCAGAGAAGAGAAAAUACGUUUUUGCUUCGACUGUUACGAUCUGAACGAAAAUAUGCAGCUGAGCCGUGACGUCAUCACUACUCUCCUCAAUCACACCAGUUCAGAGGCAGUCGAGAUCAACCCAGACAUGAUCUUAGAACUCCUGGAAAGGAUUUUGAAGAAAAUGGAUAAAGAUGGCGACGGCAUUCUCGUCUACGAAGAAUAUAAAUCUGCUGCCUUGGAAGACUGGGUGUUGAUCGAAGCUUUUGGACAAUGCCUGCCAGAUUAUAACCUUCACUAUUCAUUUAUAGAACGAAUGGAAAAACCUUUCGCUGGGAAAAGGAAGACGAAGUAAUGUCUGGAAAGUACGCUGUACAUAUUAACGCAGUUUCUUUCAAAAACAUUACUCUUAUAAAAGCAGAGUACCUUGUGUUUGAUCCUCGUUAGUAUUUAAUGGACUGUGUUCUGUAGACGUGCCUUCACACACCUUCAGUAUAACUUAAAGGAAUCACAGACUCUGGCAAACUUAUUUUGUAUCAUUUACUCUGACAAACUUUGACAGACCAACUUCAUUUGCUUUCUUUCUACGCACAUCAACUAUGCUGAAGAAUGGCGACAUACCAUACACGACGAAAAAUCCAAUUCCAGCUUACUUACACAAGACCACACUUCAAAGAAACCUAUAAGCCGUUGGAACUCCAGGUCGCUACCAAGUGAAGCUCCAAGCGCACGUUUAAAAAUCUAACUUGUAUUUGUGUCUCUCCUCAGCUCAGUUACUACAAAUUCAGUUUGCAUAAGUGACAUCAAACUUAUCCCCAGCCUUGAAAUUCCAAAGCUGAGGAUAACUGUAAACAAUUAAAGUUAAAUAAGUAGACCUGAAAAUAAGAUAUUAAGUUCUCUAAUAUCAUGAAUUAAAUGGCAAAGAGCAUAGCCUCGCUAUAAGUCGCUCCAUCUCAUCAUAGGGAGUUCCUAAAACCGUUACUCAAACUCUGUGAUCCAGGCCGGAAUACACUUUAAUAAUUCUUCUCAAUUUUCAGGGCAGUGGAGCUAGAUUAUCGUUCUUUUAAUCAAGACCAUUUCACCAACUUUGAGAUAUUUCUCCAACCUGCACCACUUAGGUCUCUGCUACAACCUAGAAAAAUACUCACUACUUCAUCACUCCCAAAAGUGUUGAAACAGCAUUUGCAAAUUCCUCCAUAGAUCACUGUGUAGCUCAACUUCUGAAUUAAGUUAGGUUCUGGAAGAGCAUGUAAAGCCUUCUUGUUAGAAAGUGUCCUGGUUAUUUUUGGUCAAAGAAAGAAUUUGGUGCCAAUUAACGUUUUCUUUCUUUGACCAAAAUUUGGUGCCAAUUUUUGGCCAAAGAAAGAAAGCGUUAAUUAAAUCGCACUUUUUAACGCAAUUGAGUUGUAUAUUAAUUGACUAAAUCUGCAUGUAUAUGCAAAUAAGGCAGAGAAUUUUACUAAAAUGCAAACAGGAAACCAAAAAUGUUUGAAAAUUCUGGUCUUAUGUUUGGAAAACAUCUAGGGGUUUUCUUUUUAAAAUUCAAUGUCUGCUUUAGAACACUGCUUCUCAACUUUUUUUUUUUCUGCGGACUGGUAAAAUUUACGAAAAUAUGUUGCAGACUGAUGUUCGCCCCCCAAAAAAAAUCUUCACAAGGUAUUAAAGAAUUACUACAUAAGUUAAUUGUUACAUUCUUAUUAUCAUUUACCUACAAUAAUAUUUAAGUGUAAAGACAAGUAAAUAUUGUAAUUAUUAUACAUAAGUAUAACUACCAUUUAUAAAUUAAUAAACCUCUGAGAAAAAUCGCAUAAAAUUAUACAAAAAAUAUCACAAAAUCAUUGCAUAUAAAAAACAACCGACCAGUGACGGUUCACUAGACAAGCGACUGAAAAUCCUAGAUAUACCUACUGAAGCGCCACCUGUCAACCUCUUCACGUCGCUUUUCUUUUGCCGAAGUGGCAGCAGCUGAAAUAAUCGAAAUUCACAAUAACAAUUGAAUUCUGUCAAAAAACUUCGUUGCCAUUUGCUUAGCUUCUGUAUUCUUGUUAAUAAAGUUAUUUAAAGAA